UGAGAAACGACGACGCCGCUUCACGUUCGAAUGCCAGCGCUCACGCGGGACGUGUACAUCCGCAUCGCGCCGCCGGGGCACCGCGGCCGCCGCAUCAACUGCAAUGACUGCAGCGUCUACACAUCGUCCUGUGACGCCUGCGUGAAGAAGCGAAAGCGCGCGAAACACAAGGCGGCACGGCAGCGCAAGAUGAUCUGGGACGUCGACUCGCUCAACCCGCGCUGGGCCAUUCCGCCUGCAAUCAAAACCGAGCUACCUCAGCUUGUUCUCGAAAAAGGUGGGGGGGUCGCCCCCCGUGACGUCUUCUUGCAGUGCUCGGGUCUGACGCUGCCCCCACCACCGUCAGAAACGUCGUUUUCAACAGCCAAGCACUUGUUCUUGGCCUCCAAUGCGGCACCCACGACUGGCAGUGUCAAACCGCUCGGGUUAGGGGAGAUCAAUCCGCUGUCCGACGACGAGCGCCACAACUAUUUUGGCGCCACGGGGCGGCGGGUGCUCAAGCAAAUCUACACAAAAAUGGCGUCGCAGCAGUACUUGCAAAUGGGAGGCACCGACGGGCUUGUCGACAAGUUCAAGUCCAUGCUCGCAUCGCAGAGCGAGCCGUCGCCAGACCCGAUUGGCAUGUUCAACGCCAAAGAGGCGCUCACGGCCCGGCACAAGUUUGUAUCCAUGUGCUUGGAGCAUGAAUUACCGCCGUGUCUCCGGCUCAUUAUUCGCAACAAGAUUUCACCCGAAAUCAACGUGUCGCACAUGUCCAUGGGCGAUGAAUUGGCCAAAAUUUUCAGUGCCUGCCUCGUCGAGCUACCGAUGGUGCUAUCGCUCAACGCGCGCAACAAUCGCCUCACGGAUCCAGGGCUCCAAGCCCUCGUCAAUGUGGUUCGAAGCAAGCCCGAUUUGGUCGCCCUCGACUUGUCUGAGAAUAAAGUGGACGGUGACGCUGCGGAGGCGCUCGCCGAGUACCUUGGCAACCCGCUGUGCGGUCUUACGACGCUGAUUCUCAGCACGUGCGACAUUGACGAUGGCGAGCUCAUUCCGUUUGCGGACGCGAUGAAAACCAACCGCAUUUGCACAACGUUGAACCUGAGCCGCAAUCUCAUUGGGACCUCGGAAGCGCUCAACGCGGUGCAGCCCGACUUGGUCACGGGAGGCGAGGCCCUUGCCGAUAUGCUGGCCGCCAACAAUCAUCUCACCAAGCUCGAUUUAUCGUGGAACGUACUGCGUCUCAAUAGCGCCAUUCAACUGGGGCGCGCCAUCGGGCACAACUUUGGGCUAAAAGAACUCAACCUGAGCUAUAAUGCGUUUGGGAACCUUGGCGCCCAGGCCAUCGGCUGCGCACUCCAAGAAAAUUUUACCCUCGAGAAGCUCGACUUGUCCCAAAACAAUAUUCCUAGCAAGGCAGCGUUUGUGAUUGCUCAAGCUCUCCACGUCAACAACACGCUAACGCAGCUUUGCAUGGACGGGAAUCCUCUUGGUCGUAUUGGGGGACGCACAUUGCUGCAGUCCAUCUCGAGCGCGAGCGACAAAGUGCUCUCCAUCUCUGUCGUUGGGUGCAAUUUUGACAUUGACGAUUCGAGUCUUUUUGACCCGCAAGAUGCGACGGGAAAAUACGACUUGGACAUGGCCGAGCCAUACGAUCGCGCGAUUGCUUGCGAGCUCUUGCGGUUUGCCAAUUCGAAAAAAGGCUGCCGCUUUCUAUCCUUCGUGCACCAAGUGGACAAGACCACGCGCGAUCUCAAGGUCGAGUACCAAGAAGUCGGCAGGGCACGCGCACAGCUCAUUCGGCGGUCCUCGUCGCACAUGGUCCUUCGCGGCAAAGUGCCUCAAGACAAGCUGGAAAAGCUGUUUCAAACCCUCGAUGCGGAUGGCUCUGGCAACAUUGAAGCCACGGAGCUGGAGCGUGGCAUGGCCGCGUUGGGCGUGCGCUUGCAGCCGGGGGAAGCCACUCGUCUCGUGACGCGCUAUGAUGUGGACGGCACGGGCACGAUGGAAUUUCCGGAAUUUGUCGACUUGAUGUCCCAAUAUUACUUUGACGACAAGCCGACAAUGGAGUGGAUCGACACGACGUCGGGCUUACCUCUCUCAAUUCCCAAGGAAGGUCGCCUCAAGAUUGACUUCAUCGAUCUGCACAUCCCGUCCGAGGCCGACGAAGCCGAGUCCAAGCUCGGCGUCGAGCAGCUCAUUGAAAACAUCAAAGCCGAUCCGAACCAAGUGAAUUUGAUCAAAUUGGCCAAAAAUGGACUGCACGUGCGUCAGAACGAAGGGCAAAUGCUUUUGGACACGCUCGUGUCUAAAAUGGACAUUGUCGAAGCCCUUGCCCUCAUCCUUCCCCACGUCGUCGACCCCAACCACGCGUGCCCACUGAUCGAGUCGAACGUGAAUGCGGCCCAGCGCUUGCGCCUGCAGACUGUGCUCAAAGACAUGUACGGCCCCGUCGUGGGCCUGGCCACGGGGCAUUACUCGCUCGACCUCGCCGACGACAUUGACCGCGCCACGUUUCGAAAAGUCAUGGAAAUCAACAACAAAAUCAUGUAUUACCGGCGCACCAACAACUUCAAGGACACGAGUCAGCACGAAAACCACAUGGGGUUCCGCAACGAGAUCUACAACAACAAGAAAAUCGAGAUUACGACCACGUUUUGUGACAAGUUGCCGAAAUUUGGCAUGCUCGACUUUGAUUUUGUCCAGUUGUCGCGACCCAAGUCCGGCAUUCUGCCCAUGUCCGACAACCGCUUCCAACAGCUCAUCUCCAAGCUCUGCUUGGACGCGUUGGAUCGCGCCUCGCCCGAGAGUCGCCGUCGGGCGCCUAGUCCCGCGACAACGGGGCGUCGCCUAAGUCCGUUCGCAUACGACUUUCUUCUCGAGCUGCAAGCAAGCACUGUGCGCAUUUCGGAACUCUACUCGCGCGAUGUAUCGACGCCGCUUGUGAUUCCGGGCGCGGUCGUGUCCCCAGAAGCGCCACGCCAGAUUAGCUUUACGGGCCGCCGGUUGCUCAUGGAGCUCCAAGCGCUCUUUUGCACGCGGUGGGUCACGACAAGUCAAGUCCGCUUCAUCCUGGAGCGCUGGCCCAUGGACUUUGGCACGACGCGCGUCGAUGCCGCGCUCACGCUCUUUGAUCGGACACUGGAUUUGUACAACUAUGUCCAAGUGCUGUGGACGCUCUCCGACACGGAGGUCGCGCAGCUCAUUUUUCGACUCGGCUGGCUCAACCUCUGGAGUCCGCUCUACCCGGACAUUUACUUUGAGCUCGACUUGACGAUCUACGAACAGCGCGAGGUCUCCAAAGUGCUCGUGCAGCUUGCGCUCGACGAGCCAGGUGAAAACUGGCAAGACGCUCGGUUUGGCUGGUCGCGCGACGUGCCGAUUCCGGGCUGGGUCCUCAACAUGUCGUGGCUCACGCCGGGCCUUUACCCAGAAAAAGGAUACCUCUCGGUCGAGUACUACUCGGGUGCAGACAAAGGUUGUGGUCCGGUGUGGCCGACGCGCCUCAAGGCCAUGAGCGAGGUGCUGGCCGAGCCUCCUAUCUUCGAUGCGUUUCUCGCGCAGCUCGUCAAGCCAAAGCGAGUUUCGCGAAAGAAAACCGAGUCGGACCGCAAGCAAACGCCGGAUGGGCUGCUCACGCGCCGUUCGAAUCCGUCCCGCGACGGCUCGGAGCGGGCGACGACACCGCCAUCCGCUCGACUACAAACCAAGUGAGAGUUAAAAGUAGAGAAUUUAGAACUAGUAUGCGUUUUGCAUCGAUG